GGUGGGGACUUACAUGACUUUGAGGGGACGUUCAUCUGUUCUCCCUCUCCGCUUGCAUCCUCUUGCUCGAGUUUUGACUCGCCGAAUUCGUUAUCAUUUACGUCGUAGUAGGCGGUCGGAGUGAGACUUGUGCACCAUCACGUUUGAACUGAUUACGAAAUUUUAAGUUGUCCUACUUUUGUAUGAGUCACUUCAUAUUGUUCGCUCCACAGAUGUUUUAAUUUUAAAAAAUUAACUUAAACUAAGGUUUUUGAUUUACUAUCAGUUGUCAGGUUUGUUGUUAUUAUUCAGUGACAGAAAAGGUUAGGCGAUAACCGUGACCAUUUAAGGCAAUAAUUUUACAUAAAAGAAUAGGCUAUUUAAAUACAGUAACUUAAAUGUAAAAAUGAUUCCACACAAUUUUAAAGCUAAGAUUAACAAUAAUUAACAUUGACCUAAGACAUUUUGCUGACAACAUAGGAAAUAAGCCUAUUGCAUCUUUAAAUUCCAGUACAAUUGAAAACCUUUUAUCUAAAACAAUGGAGAGAUCCUCUGUAUAUACAAACAACAAUGACAACUGGGAACAUCAAAGUGUAACUCAAAAUGGAAUAGUACAACCUCUUUUAACAGAUCUGUACCAGAUUACGAUGGCCUACGCCUAUUGGAAAUCUGGAAAGACCGAAGACACAGCUGUGUUUGACUUGUUCUUCCGUCAAAACCCUUUCCAAGGGGAGUUCACAAUAUUUGCAGGCCUUGACGAGUGUCUCAAGUUCCUCCAGAACUUUCACUACUCCAAUAGUGAUAUUGCCUACCUGAAGGCCACACUCCCACCUUCUACGGAGGAGGAAUUCUUUGUAUUCCUGAGGCAUCUCAAUGUAAAAGAUGUUAUAGUGUACGCAAUCGAAGAAGGAUCCGUUGCAUUUCCAAAAGUGCCUCUGAUGAGGGUAGAAGGCCCUCUGAUCAUCGUACAGCUGCUGGAAACUACGCUGCUCACGCUGGUUAACUACGCCAGCUUGAUGGCCACGAAUGCUGCCCGUUACCGGAUGGUGGCUGGCAAGAAUGUCUCUCUCCUGGAGUUUGGACUGAGGAGAGCCCAGGGACCAGACGGUGGCCUCUCAGCCUCUAAGUACUCUUAUGUUGGAGGUUUUGAUGGCACCAGCAACGUGCUGGCUGGCAAGAUGUACAACAUCCCUGUGAAGGGCACACACGCCCACGCCUACAUAACCUCGUUCUCUGAUAUUGCCGACCUCCACCAUAAGGUACAACUUGUUAUUAUGCUUCAGCUUUAGCUAACAUGUUAAUCU